AAGUGUCUACUGCGCAGUCGCCGAUGCAACGGACGCAGUAAGAGAAAAUAUAUGGGAAAAUGGCCCUCGAUAAUGUACUUUUCGCACAAUGCAUCCUCUAUUUUUUGGCGUUUGUGUUUGGCUUUAUUUCCGUAGUGCCUCUCUCCGAAAACACGGAGGAUUUUCAUGGAAAAUGCUUGCUUUUCACUCGUGGUAUGUGGCAGAAUGAGAACAUCACAGUCUCAAAGCAGCGCUUCAUCGUUGAGGAGUGGGGACCGGAGUCUUCCUGCAGUUUCAUCACUUUUGUCGGGAUAGCAUCUCUCGUCCUCUCCGCAGUGCAGGCAUGGAGACUGCUGUUCUUUCUUUGCAAAGGCCACGACGAUUCCCUGUUCAAUGCCUUCCUGAAUCUGGUGAUCAGCUCCCUGGUGGUGUUCACAGUGUUCCUCUCCAGCACCAUCGUCAGUGUGGGCUUCAACCUGUGGUGUGACGCCAUCACAGAGGGAGGGAGCAUGUCCAGCAGCUGUGAGGACCUGCAGGACACUGAUCUGGAGUUAGGCCUUGACAACUCCUCGUUCUAUGACCAGUUUGCUAUUGCUCAGUUUGGUCUGUGGGCAGCGUGGCUGACGUGGAUGGGUAUCAUGGUCAUGGCCUUCCUCAAGGUCUACCACAACUACCGCCAGGAGGACCUUCUGGACAGUCUGAUCCACGAGAAGGAACUGCUGCUGGGACGCUCGUCCCGCCGGGGUUCUGAUGCCAACCAGAUGAAGAGUGGCAUGGUCUAACACCCAGAGGACACGUGCACAUCACUGAAACAUAUCCUCUUAUCCUACCCUUACUGCCAUCAUAGAUAGGCCAGCCCCUGACAACCUAUAUGCCAUCAACUGAAAUUCUAUUAACUGUGAUUAGAGUGCAUUGUUAUGCCUUGCUUACAUAUACUCCUCCUCAGAUAUAUGCUGUCUGAUUUACCAGUUGAAAACACUGCUGUUGACAGCAAAGCGUAGGGUAAAGAGUUUCUGGCUGUAUUGUGGAGCUGAUUCCAUCCACUUGUCCACUUGCUAUAUUUAUAUUUGUUAAUGAGUUGCUGCUGACAUGUCUUCCCCUUCAAGGCACUCACUGGAGCGUAAAUUGGCUCAGAGAAUCAAGGCCAUUUAAUGAGGAUAGAAAUGGAACAUAGAGACUUCUUUUUUAAAUGACUUCCUAUUUAGCUGCACUUAGAUGAUGACUCAACACAGGGUGGUUAAAGGAUGGUGAAAAUUGAUCUUUUUUAUUUUAUUUUAUUUUUUACUGUGUGCAUGUAACAUUAGACGGUGUGAGCAGGAUGUAGUUGUUGAUGUUGGGCAAUAUAUUUUUUGUAACAAUCCAAUACAUUCAGAUUGUGCAGGCUUUCAGUAAUGUGUGACUUCCUUGCCUACAUGCAGCAACAGAGUAUGAUGUGUGCUUUUGCGGUGUAUGAUACAGUAUCUACAAUUACCAAACAGUAUUUUGUAAAAAUGAAAACUGUACUAUGUAAGAGACAUGUUGACUGGGACAGAACUCAGGAGGAAAUGCCUGAGAGUCACAUAACUAGAUAAAUCAGUACCUGAUCAUCCUGAUAAUCAUAAAAGUUCAGGCUGGUCAUGAAGCACA